UACACGGCCAUCGCGCUUGGUUUCAUCUACUCCGUUCUACGUCGUGUCCACGCGCCGUUCAAGUGCUCCGUCUAGCAAGGUCUUUCCACGUCCUAUCCCACGACUUGCCACCUGCGCUCCGCAGUUCUAUAUCAUCCGAGGGAUCUCUUUUGUUUGUCGUAUGUCCAUCCAGAAUCUCAACACAUUCGACCCCUUUGCAGAUGCAAUCAAGGGUUCAGACGAUGACGUCCAGGACGGCCUUGUUCAUAUAAGGAUCCAGCAGCGGAAUGGUCGCAAAACCUUAACAACGGUGCAAGGACUCUCCUCGGAAUAUGACUUGAAGAAAAUCGUGAGAGCAUGUAAAAAGGAGUUCGCCUGCAAUGGGACAGUAAUAGAGCACCCGGAGUACGGGGAGGUGCUGCAGCUGCAGGGGGACCAACGAGAGAAUAUAUGCCAGUGGCUAACAAAGUCAGGUCUGGCGAAACCUGACCAGCUGAAGGUCCAUGGUUUUUAAUCGACUAACAGCAGCAACAACAAUUACCAUCCAUGCCACAACUUACAACAACAGACAGCUCCGCCCCUUGUCAGCGCUAUAUGAUCCUAUCAAAUUGAAUCUGUAUAUCACUCACUAAACUCCUCGUGGGAUAUCCCAAUUAUAUUCUAUCACAUAACAUAUAAAUAUAUAUAUAUAUAUUUACACAUUCACAUAUAUAUAUAUUUAUAUAUACACACCACACACGACAUACACGCGUGCGUAUAUAUAUUUCAAUAAUAAAAAAGAAAACAAGCAAAACGGAGAGGGAAGUAAACGACAGAAGAUAAAGGCGAAUAAAAGAAAGGAGGAAGAAAGGAGAUAAAGCGAAGAAAGGGAGGAUACAUAGGCGUAUAACCGGCGUAUACCUAUAGGCAAUAUAUCUCUAUUCUAAUCAGAAUCUUUUUCUCGAGAUAAAAAGCAAUACGUCACAUUGUAAGCCUUAUGUUAGGUGAUAGCGGCUGUUGAGGUAGGGAUUUCCCACCUUGCAGCGGUGGAUAGGACACAUCUGAUUUUGAUAAUUGUUGUCGAGGAGGAGGAAGAAGAGGAGGAAUAAGAGCGGCAUAGAUGAACGAGCGAUAAUUAGUAGCAUCGAAUGGAUGUUCGUUCUUGCAUUAGGUAGUAUGUAUCUGGGAGCGAUAGACGUAUUCCGAGAAGGCAGUAAAGCUAUAGGUUGACCGAUUCGACUCUCUCCCUCCUCGUGUCCUCCACUCUUCUCUACAUCGCCUCGUCUCGUAGAAAAACGAUAAAUUUUUCUUUUCUUUUUCCUUUUUUACGUUUGUAUCGAAAAUUAAGAGAGAAUGUGUGUCUCACGCUGGUCUUUUGAUUGUGAUGAUUUGUUGAAUAUUUGUAAGACCGAUUUUUUAUUCUUUCGCAUAGAGGACGUCCUCCUUCGCCCCGUAUCUCGUCUUCGCUCUUGCUUUCUCCCCCACUCCCUUUUUAAGACAGUAAUAAUUAAUUGACGAAUUGUUGUUUUUUUUUUUUUUUUUUUUGAAAUGAGAGUUAAUAAAAUGUGGCUGUUCUAGAUAAAUAAAUAAUGAGUAAAUGAA